AUGGCCCGAGUGCAAAAUGCGGAAGAAGGUAUAAAGCACAUUUUCCAAGUAGUGCAUCCACUAUUGAACGCACUCGGUGCCUGGCCAACGGACGUUAGAUCUUCUGUGCUUUCGAAGAUACGAAAGUGUAUUCAAAUCGUUCUUGUUUACUUCAUACAACUCGGGGUCAUGACACCGGCUCUGUUGUACGUAAUUUUGUUUGUGAAGGACACCACUAUCCGGGUUAAGUUAAUAAUGCCGCACUUAACGCAUUUCUGCCAGUUGUGCAAGUAUACUAUUUUCUUAUGGCGGCAUAACGAGAUUCGUGAAUUGUUAAAUGACUUAAGAAACGACUGGUACAAUGCUACGGAAGAUGAUCAAUGGAUUUACAAGACUAGAGCUACUAUUGGACACAGAUUGAUGAUGUCGCUCAUCAUUUUUUUGUUCAUCGGCGGUGCGCUUUUCCUAACGGUCACUCCGUUUUUGAGAGAAAAGGUCGUUCUACCGGAUAACACGACUAUAAGGCCUUUACCUAGUCCAAGUUACUUUGUCCUAUUCAACGAUCAAGUUACUCCCAAUUACGAGAUAAUUUUUUUCAUACAAGUCUUCUGCGGGUUCAUGAAUUACACGACAUAUACUGGAGGUCUCGCGCUUUGCACCACGCUUUGUCUACACAUGUGCAGCAUGUUGAAAAUCUUGGGGAAUAAAAUGAGGGAGCUCUCGAGUUUGUCGGAAACGGAUAAAGACGUUGUGCAGAAGCAGAUCGCGGAUAUUGUUGAGUAUCACACGAAAAUCAAAAGGUGA